AUGGCCACUGCAAUGGAAGUCGAUAUACCCAAACAAUCUACAUCUGACAACACUGAAGACGAUUUUAUUCUUCCCUGGGUUGAAAAAUACAGACCAGUUUACUUGAAAGAUAUUGUUGGAAAUGAAGAUGUCGUAGCGCGUUUGAUGACUAUUGCAAAAGAUGGAAACAUGCCAAAUCUUAUAUUAACCGGUAUGCCUGGUAUUGGUAAAACCACCAGUAUAUCAUGCCUGGCUCACGAUAUGCUUGGUGCUUCCUACAAAGACGCUGUUCUUGAGUUGAAUGCAUCUGAUGAUAGAGGCAUUGAAGUAAUUAGAAACAGAAUCAAGGCAUUUGCUCAGAAAAAAGUGACAUUACCACCGGGAAAGCAUAAGAUUGUGAUCUUGGAUGAAGCAGACAGUAUGACUGGAGGUGCUCAACAGGCUCUCAGAAGAACCAUGGAAAUUUAUUCAAAUACAACUCGAUUUGCCUUGGCAUGUAAUCAAUCCAACAAGAUCAUUGAGCCCAUUCAGUCAAGAUGUGCCGUACUGCGUUAUACAAAGCUAACAGACGAACAAGUGUUGCGUAGACUAUUAGAAAUAUGUCAAAUGGAAAAGGUGAACUACAAUGACGAAGGUUUAGAGGCAUUGAUAUUUACAGCAGACGGUGAUAUGCGUCAGGCGAUCAAUAACUUACAAUCGACAUUUUAUGGCUUCAAAUAUGUCAAUGCAGAAAAUGUCUUCAAGAUUUGUGAUCAACCUCAUCCCAUCGUCAUUCAGCAUAUUCUCAAAUGCUGUUCUGAAGGAAACUUGAAUGAAUCUGUCAAGUGCAUGGAAGAAUUAUAUUAUUUAGGAUAUUCUUCGCUUGAUAUCAUCACUACAAUAUUUCGUGUAGUGCGAAGCUAUGAUGAACUAGAUGAAGGACUGAGAUUGGACUAUUUGAAAGAGAUUGGUAUGACACAUAUGCGUAUUUUGGAUGGUCACCAAAGUAUCAUGCAACUCUCAGGCAUGAUUGCUAGACUCUGUAAAGUGUCUUCUCCUAGUAAGAUAUAA